CUGCACAAAAACUGCACAGCACAAAAGUACACAAAAGUACACACAUCUACCCCCCCGAUGCCUCCUCCUGGAUUUAAAGGCAGAACUGCAGUGUCCCAAACCACGCCAGACCAGGCUCCAGCACUGAAGACAACAGCUUCUCUGCAGAUUACAACAGUGACUCUGUUCUACCUUCACUAUGUCGGACCAAUCCGCUUCCACCAUCUCCUCUGCCCCUCCCCCUCCUCCCUCCGGGCCGCGCCCUAAAAUCAACAGCAGAGGGCGCGCUGCUGGCCCGGCCGCCAACUCAAACGCUGACAUUUCAGACAUCCCGGAGCUCGAAUACUUUGGGGCACCUGGGCCCAGAGGGUACCCACCCUUGACCGAGUUUUUGGACAUCCAAAAUGUGGACAUGAAACAUCGUCCUCAAGACAAAAACAGGAGGAGUCACAAAACUCACCUGUUUAACCUGGAUGCCCUGGUCGUGAGGCGCGGACAAGAGUUUGAAGUUGAGAUCACCUUUAACCGCCCAUACAAGCCCUCAGAGGACAAGUUUGCUGUGGAGUUUGUCAUUGGCUCCAGUCCUCAGUACAGUAAAGGCACCUACAUGCCCGUGUUCACGACCAAAGACCGGCAGACAUCUUGGAAAGGUCGUAUCGUUAAUAUGAUUGAAAAUACCGUGAUCAUGGGCAUCACCCCGGACCCCACCUGCAUUGUGGGUAAAUACCACAUGUAUGUUGCCGUGGUAACGCCCUAUGGCAUCCGCAGAACCAAAAGAGAGCCGAUCCGCGACCUCUACAUCCUGUUCAACCCAUGGGCAGCAGAUGACGAGGUGUUUCUGAAUGAUGAGACAGAGAGGCAGGAGUGUGUGAUGAACGAGAUGGGAAUCAUUUACCACGGAUCCUAUGACGACAUCGCAGAGAGGACCUGGAACUUUGGACAAUUUAACUAUGGGAUUCUGGACGCUUGUCUGUACAUUCUGGAUCGUUCUCAGAUGCCCAUCACCAACAGAGGAGACGCCGUCAAAGUGGUGCGCCAGGCCUCAGCUAUGCUGAACUCCCGUGAUGAUGAUGGAGUGCUGGUGGGGAACUGGAGUGGGGACUAUACCUACGGAGUGGCCCCCACCUCCUGGACCGGGAGCACAGACAUCCUGCUGACCUACGCCAACAGCCAGAGUUCAGUCUGCUACGCCCAGUGCUGGGUCUAUGCUGCUGUCUUCAACACCUUUCUGCGUUGUCUUGGGAUCCCUGCUCGAGUGGUCACCAACUUCUUCUCCGCUCACGACAACAAUGGAAACCUGAAAACAGACAUCAUUCUGGACGAAAAUGGCAGAAUCGACCGCAAACAAACAAGGGACUCAAUUUGGAACUACCAUUGCUGGAACGAGUGCUACAUGGCCAGAAAGGACCUCCCUGCAGGUUUCGGAGGCUGGCAGGUCGUGGAUGCUACACCACAGGAGAACAGUGAUGGCAUGUACAGAUGUGGACCUGCCUCUGUCUACGCCAUCAAACACGGGCAGAUGUGUUACCCCUAUGACGCCCCCUUUGUCUUUGCUGAGGUGAACAGCGAUGUGGUUUUCUAUCAGCGUGGUAAAGAUGGGACCCUGGAGCCGGUUAAAGUGAACCACACUCAUGUUGGACGAGGCAUUUUCACCAAAACACCUGGAGAACUAACCCGCAAAGAAAUCACUGACCAAUACAAGUUUGAAGAAGGCAGCACAGAGGAGCGUACAGUGCUGGAGAAGGCCGAGGUGUACGGGUGUAAGCGCGAGCUGUUGGACCCCCCUCCCGCGGAUGUGGAUCUGGUGCUGCCCUCUGUGGAGCUCGCUGUGGGGCAAGACCUGGAGCUCAGCGUGGAGUUUGUGAACCACAGCCAACAGCGCCGCACGGUGGACGCUUAUGUGAGCGGCAGCGUGGUCUACUACACCGGAGUCACCAGCUCUGAGUUCCUCUUCAGGACCCCCACUGUCACCAUUGGGCCCAACAAGAGUGUGAAGGAGCUCGUGGACAUUGAGGCUCGGAGCUACAUGAAGCACCUGGUGGAACAGGCCAACCUCAACUUCAUCGUGACCGGAAAAGUGAAGGAGACCGGGCAGAUCGUCACCGCCAUGAAAGUGGUGACUCUGCACAACCCCAAAGUCAGCAUCCAGGUGUCUGGAGUGGCCAGAGUGAACGAGGAGAUGUUGGCCACCCUGCAGUUCACAAACCCAUUCAACUUUAACCUGGAAGGAGUCUACGUGAGGAUGGAGGGGCCUGGAGUCAUGCUGCCACACUACAGAUACUACAAUAUUGUGACCCCAAACUCGUCUGUGGUUUGGUCUGAGAAAUUCAGUCCACAGAGACCCGGGACCACCAGGAUCAUUGCGAGUCUGGACUGUCCCGCGCUCAGACAUGUCUACGGAGAGGAGUCCUUCACUGUGGAGCCGUAGGGAGCUCACAGGAAGUGUAAAGUGCAUAUGACAGGUUUUCAGGUUUUUCUCAUUAUUACUUCAUUUGGUGGGAUAGAUAAAAUGUGGUAAAUAUUUAUCAUAAAGGAAGGAGUCCUAAAACAAUACCAAAAACUCCAUCCAAAAUGCAGGGAGCAAGGGACACAUUUUAUUGUAGUUUAAACCUUUAUUAAACAAAAUAAAGAUGCCAUUUUUUUAAUUAUUUGUCUAAUCACAGUUAUUUUGCAGUUCAGACAAGCUCAUGUGGUUGCAAUGUCACAUCUGUAUUAUAACUUUGCCAAAUUGUUAAAAACUAGGAAAAACUAGGCAAGCAAGAUGUUAGACAAAUCUUAAAUUACUGAUAUUAACUAAGUUUUAGUGAAAUGAGAAAUCUAAUCUGUCAUAUGCACUUUAAAUAAGGGCUUUUAUAUGCAGCCCAUUAACAGUAAACACCAUAUAAUCUUUGUAUUUGCUUUAUAAGAGCUUAUUAGUGUUAUCCAUUUAUGCAAUAGAAAUGAAUGCAAAAACCUUUUCCUGAACAUGUAUAAGGAAAAAAUUGCUUUGCUCAAAUUUGAAGUUGUUUAGUAAAUCAUGUUUAUGCAGAUUUUUUUUUAGAUAUUACAGCUAUAAAUUGCACUGUUACUAAAAGACAGCUAAGAACUUUGAAAAAAAAAUUGAUAGACUUCAACAAACUUGAAUAUUUUUUGAACAAAACAAACUGGAAAAUAUAUCUGGCUUGAAUAAAAAUAAUGUUAAUAUAUUUAGCAAACAAAUGCACAAAUCAACUUGAAUAGAAGAUUAAAGCAUCUCUCUUUGACUGA